AUCCUAUCAGUCACUGAGAUGGAGCAAGCAAUAGUUAUUGUCUUCAUGCUUGUGUUUUGUUCUGUGAACAGCAGAGAGUGUUUGGAACAGAAGUGGACAUGAGAGUUAAAGCAGGAGACAACAUCACUCUCUACUGUGACUGUGUUGUGCCAUAUGGAUCACACAUUUUUUGGUGGAGAAACUGCUCACAUGAGCAUCAACCAUCUCUGUUAAUAGAGGCUACUAACCUGUUCAUGGGGAUGUUUUCACGUUUUAAUUUUGUGCUCAACAGCUCCAGUAACUCCUAUGAUCUACAUAUUACAAACAUCAGUAUCUCUGAUGAGGGACUGUAUUUCUGUGCAAUAAAAGAAAGAAAAGCACAUGAUGUGAACAGCAUCACAAGCUCGGAGUACAAGUUUGGAAACAGAAGUACUCGACUAUCUGUUUUGGAGCCAGUGUCUCCUCAUGUCGAGAGGUUCAACAGCACCUUAACACCUCCUGUAACAGACCUCUGCUGGAAGCUGCUGUUCAGUGUGUGUCCAGUCUGUGUUCUUCUCUUCUCCAUCUGUGUGUUCUGCCUCUGUCAGAGAAAAACUACAGUUUCUACAGCUACGCAGACGGAGAGCAGACAUUAUGAGAGUGAAGAUGAAGUGUGCUACGCAUCAUUGAACACACUUUCCAUGCUGAAGAAAAAGACACUGCAGAAUUCAGACUUUUGUACUUACACUGAGGUCAGAACAAAAAGAACAUAAGCUAAAAAGAAGAGGAUUCUGGAACUCUCGUUUACCCUUGGUCAUUCUAAACCGCGAUUAGACACACAUUUCAGACUGUUCAUAAUUAACCCGAAGUUGAUAAACCCUGUGUAUACAGGAACGUAGGUUUCACCCGAUACAUCCCUAGGUUGCGUUCUUAUUUGCAUAUUUGCAGUGUCGGGGACAUUGAUGGGAGUUUUUCCUAAAUGGACUUUCGAACUAUAAAGGUAAGAAUGAAACGGGCUCUUCUUUACCUCUUCAUUGACAUGUUUUUUUUUACCAUUUUAUAUUUUUUUUAGACGCCUGUAAAACCCAGGGUUCAGCGCAAUGUGAAAAGCCCAAAUCAUUAAAGAUCAGUGUUAGGGGUUCGGCAUUACAA